GGACCCGUCAACCGUGUAACCGGGACCAUCGUAAACAUAACCUCGUCGUCCGAGCAGUCGACCAAAAAAUGACAGUCGCGUUUUCAUUACUAAAAUUGCAGUGACUUUAAUUGCAACUUACCAUAUAAACUACUUUAAAUAUACAUUAUGCUACUGAAACUUUGUAAGCAAUCCUCACACAGCGUCGUGAAAAAUAUCAACCGCUGCACAUCGCAACCUAACCUGAACGACCUAUUAUCAGAUAUUCCCCAUCAACAAAACAACGUUAUUCUUUCAUUUUUAAGAACCUUUAGGACUUCUAAACAUGCCUCGGCGUUACCGCCAAAUAGUGUAAUGAAUGUUUUCGAUAGAAAAGCAAAAUUACUUCAAAGAGAACGUGCAGCCAAGAUGCCGAAACCAGAAACAUACGACUAUCUCAAAGACGAAAUUGGUUAUAGGCUGGCUGACAAAAUAUUUGAUGUGAAAAGAAAGUUUAAAAAAGCCCUCGACUUAGGUUGCGGAAGAGGACAUGUUGCUAAACAUAUUGUCAGCGAUUCUGUAGAGGAAUUAAUAUUGUCUGACAUGAGUCCGAGUUUUUUAGAACAAGCCAAGACAACAGAUGAAGCAAUUAAAGUGCACAAGCAAGUUAUGGAUGAGGAAACAUUUUCAAUGGACCCUAAUAGUUUGGACUUAGUUUACAGUUGUCUGAGUCUGCACUGGGUUAACGAUCUUCCUGGAUGCUUUAGCCGUAUAAUUAAUUGUUUGAAACCAGACGGAGUUUUUCUAGGAGCGAUCUUUGGAGGCGAUACACUUUACGAACUAAGGGGGUCUUUACAACUAGCAGAAAUGGAACGAGAAGGAGGCGUCGCUCCUCAUGUAUCACCUUUUGCAGCGAUUAGAGACGUAGGAAGUCUGCUAAAUAGAGCAGGAUUUACUUUGUUAACAAUAGACACCGAUGAGAUUGUUGUUGGUUAUCCAACCAUGUUUGAGCUCAUGUGGGAUUUAAAAGGGAUGGCAGAAAAUAACGCUGCGAGAAACCGAAAGGGACAUCUACAACGAGAUACAAUGCUAGCUGCCGCGGCAAUUUACAACCAAUUAUAUGGCAAAACCAAAGAGGAUGGCUCUAAGUACGUUCCUGCUACUUUUCAAAUAAUUUACAUGAUAGGUUGGAAGCCGGAUCCGUCGCAGCCAAAACCAUUGCCAAGAGGAAGUGGCGAAGUGUCUUUAAAAGAUAUCGACAAACUCAGCCAAAUUUUAAAAGAAACGAAAGAAAUCAAAUUAGGAGGUGACGACAAAUAACAGCGGAUUUUUUUAUUAAUAAUUGAUGUAAAUAUUGUAUAGAAUAUAAAAUAUAAUUUAUUUCAUAGUAAA